UACCAUAACUUUAUCCCCAACCAUUAACCCUAACCAUUUUUUAUUUAAACUUUAACGGGGUAGUGACGUCCAAAGGAUCCAAGAGAGCAAGGACAGAGUCAAGAGGGUCUCGUGCACGGUGCUGUGCGCAUCUGAGGUCUUAGAGCUGUCUGAAACGCACUGAGUUGUCAUGUUUUCUUCGAAUAACUGGAGCUCUUUUUCACUUAUGCUCGCAAGAAGAUAAUAACCAUGAUUAGCAUUAGUGUCAUAACACAUUACUGGCUGUUUUACGCAGAAUAUUAAAAGGAACUUGGCUAAUGGAGAGGAUGGAAAACUCAACUAUCCCUUUUAUCAAGCGGGAAACUCUCAAUAUAUAGCCAGUCCCACUUCAGGUUUUCCCCUCCACCCCAGGCAGCCCUGUGGCCGCCAUGAUGAGCAGCUCAUCCAGCCCAGCUGAGUUCUCCAGGGACAGGACCUCCCUCCUGUCCAUAGACUCUAGCGUCUUCUACAGCGAGCCCCCUCCUGUCUGUGGCGACCCACUGGAUGUCUUCACCAUCAACGUGGGAGGCAGCCGCUACGUUCUCUCCCAGGAGCUGCUGGCAUCUCACCCAGAAACCCGUCUGGGCAAGCUGGCCCUGUCCACACGGGACUCUGCCCUGGAGCUCUGUGAUGAUGCUGACUUGCUGGAGAAUGAGUUCUUCUUCGACCGCAGCUCACAGACCUUCCAGUAUGUGAUAAACUUCUACCGCACAGGCCACCUGCAUGUCAGGGAGGAGCUCUGCGUGUUCUCCUUCCUCCAGGAGAUUGAGUACUGGGGCAUCGACGAGCUCUGCAUCGAUCCCUGCUGCCGGGAACGCUACUACCGCCGCAAGGAGCUCAAGGAGAGCCUGGACGUGCGGAACGAGGCUGAGGCUGACGAAAGCCAGGACGAAGACUUCAACGGUGCCGCGUGCCCAGAUCUCCGGCGGAGCCUGUGGGACCUGCUGGAGAAGCCAGAGUCUUCACGAGCGGCACGCGCCUUCGGCACACUGUCCAUCAUCUUCGUGGCGGUGUCCAUUGUCAACAUUGUGCUCAUCUCGCUGGACCUGGGGAAUGUGGGUGGGAACGGGAUCGGUGACGAGAGCGGGGGCAAUGACGGGGGUACACCUUUCUUCGUGGACGCACUGGAAUAUGUGUGCGUGGUGUGGUUCACCGGCGAGCUGGUGUUGCGCUUUGUCUCCGUGCGCGACAAGUGCCGCUUCAGCCGUAGCAUUCCCAAUGUGAUCGACCUGCUAGCCAUCCUGCCCUUCUAUGUCACUCUGGCAGUCGAGAGUCUGCACGGUGGCUCUACUGAGCUGGAGAACAUGGGCCGCGUGGUGCAGGUGCUCAGGCUCAUGAGGUCCCUCCGCAUGCUCAAACUAGGACGCCACUCCACAGGCCUCAAGUCCCUGGGCCUAACCAUCACCCAGUGCUACGAGGAGGUGGGUCUCUUGCUCCUCUUCCUCUCCGUGGGCAUCUCCAUCUUCGCCACGGUGGAGUUCGCCCUGGAGCAUGACAUCCCCGGCACCGCCUUCAGCAGCGUGCCCUGUGCCUGGUGGUGGGCCACCACCUCCAUGACCACGGUGGGCUACGGAGACAUCCGCCCCGACACCACCCUGGGCAAGGUGCUGGCCUUUCUCUGCAUCUUGUCUGGCAUCCUGAUCUUGGCACUGCCCAUCGCUAUCAUCAACGACCGCUUCUCUGCCUGCUACUUCACUCUCAAGAUGAAGGAGGCGGCGCUGCGGCACGGGGAGGCCCUCAAGAGGCUGGCACGGGGUUCGCUGGGUGACUCGGAGGUGGGUGGGGCAGCAAGGGGAAGAGGGGUGAACCUGAGGGAUGUUUAUGCCAGGAGUGUGAUGGAGAUGCUGAGGCUGAAAGGGAGGGAGAGGGCCAGCACACGGAGUAGUGGAGGGGGUGAGCUCUGGUGGUAGUGUGGAAGAUUGAGCACGAGCGGCUGUGGAGAAAAAGCUAUGGAAAAGUUAAGUCAAUUGGGUUAAAGAUGGAAUCCGCAUUAGGGGGAAACACCACUGGCUGCCCCACCACAGUUAUUAUUUUUGUUUCCGAGCUGAGGAGCGUCGCGAAGCAUGGUAAAUAGGUUCAUACUGUGCUCUUUUAUCACACGUGCAAUGAUGUCAGAGGGGUAAAAACUGUGCAAACUGACGUGGUUGUUUCACCAUUUUAAGGAUUUCAGCUUUAAGAACAUCAUCAGAAUAUGACAAUGUGUACAAUGUAUAGGACAUAUCUAAAGGAUGAUGAGGGGACAACUUUCAUGGCUAACCUUUUUCAGUGUUGUGUUCUGACAACUAUUGCAUGUUCUGUCUCCUCUGUAUGUGUCACAUAGACAAGAUGUACAGUAUAAACUGAAUUAUAUUGUGUUUUGAUAUUAAAACAUUUAUUGAAAGAU